GUCCCAAAAGAGUCCCGUGACGCACCCUCCCCGAGGACGCGGCCGGGUAGCUUAGCGAUGCGUGGGACCGUCGGGCUGUUGGGGCUGCCGACGCACUAUCGGUGAUGAGAAGGGGCCGUUACGGGCAGGCACCGAGAAUAUGUCUGCAGAGAUAUCGCUGAACUUGUUAAAUGCUGUCUGCUGAUCUUGGGUGGGGAGGGUUGGGCUUGGACCCAGAGCCAAAAAACACGCAGAUGUGAUGGGCCUUAAUGCUGUCUGCUGAGAGAGCGCCACCGCAAGCCCUGCGCAGCGACAGGUCUGCCGGGACCUGAGCAAAACUUUUUUUUUCUCAGCAUGGCGUGCUCAGGCAGCCAGUAGCUCACUGAAAACUGCUGCUGUUUUCCUCGCACGCUCUUGAAUCAUUCUCUGUCCUCCUCUCCACUGAUGGAUGCUAUGAUUUUUGUUUUGCAAAGUCAGUAGUCCUUGCAGGUUAAAAUACAAACGUCCCUUUUUUAAAGUUCUUUGAGCUUUCCAGGUGGAGACUUAGGGUCUCAAUAGCUGAGUAUGUUUGCUCCGGUGACAAAACGUACGUGAUCGUCUUAAACCACCCAAAUCCGGUAGGGCAGGUGUAAAGUGGGCACACCGUUAGCAUUAAAAUACAGACAGAAAUGGGUUCGAAAUCUGCAUCGGAGCCCAAGCAGUUGAAAUGAUCCAGUUGUUGAGUUCAGAUAUUGCCAUUACUGAUUUCCAGUGCAGCUCCAAAUACUGAGAUCCUGUGGUGAUAGAUACUUUAUUAAUACACAGCUAAACAGCUGGGAUUUGUGGCACGGGGCACCAGUUGGCAGACGCAUAGCCUGUUAAUUGUAUUGUUCCUGAUACAGUGGGUCCAUGCACCGAGUGUCAGACAGUGUCACCUUGUGAUGCUAAUUAGGAUGAUUGUCUGCACUUUGCUGGUGCAUUCUGAAAUGCUAAUAUUUGUGUAAAGCUUGCUUAGGUCUUCUUUUUUUCUUCUUUCUUUGAGCGACUCUUUAGGAUGCUGUGUACUGUAUCUCUAAUUCUUAUAAUCUCCAGUCUGUCUGCAAUAUUUAUUUUACUGACACAUUGGUUAGGGUGCUUGUUUCUUUAUGUUUAAAUCUUUAUUAAAAUAAUGUUACCGUCUUUUAAACAGUUGUACCAUAACUGGGAAUAUUUUGGCACUGGUUUAUUCUGGUGAUUUGCAUCGUUGUAAUUAUGGCAAUGCAAGAAGGUCCAGCUUCCUGCCCCCAGUGGUCUACAGCGCAAGUAAAUGGACUACAUUUAAAGGAAGGGAAAGAAUACAUGCACUAAGCUUGAAGUGUCUUCUUUAAAUCAAAGAUGUCACUUCUGCAUCCUCUGUCCAAACUGCUUCUUGUGUGGGGCAGAUGUGCUGUGUGUGGCAGAGGUAUUGAAGGAAACUUGAGCCAGCCUCAUGAAAUGACUAAUGCAAUGCACAGUUCCAGGUUAACAGCAGAAGAGAAAUGAAGAUAACUGAUCCAGAAUCCUUGUUUUCACUGCAUUAGGCACUACAGCUUGGAGAAACUGAGUGAAGAUCGCAAGGACUGCUGUACUUAAUCACAGCAGCGAGAGAUGAGGAUGCUGUAAUUCAAACUUUCCUUACUCUUCGAUCUUGGUGUUUCAGACUUAAUGCUGUCAGAUAACCAUUUCAAUUUGCAUAAUAUUCCUAUCUUAUUCCACUAUUGACUUUUCCCCUUUUCCUUUAGUUAUAGAUCUUCUUCUGUUUCAGAUCUCUAAAGCUAGUAGUGAAAAAUAGAAGUAAGGAUGUUGAUCAACGGGAUCCACGAGGCCGGACCUUGCUGCACCUUGCUGUUUCCUUGGGAUACAUAGAGUCUGCCAAAGUCCUCCUUCGCCACAAGGCAGAUGUUACCAAAGAGAAUGCCCAGGGAUGGACUGUUUUGCAUGAGGCUGUCAGUACAGGAGACCCAGAAAUGGUACACAUGAUUCUGCAGCAUCGGGACUACCAGCAAACCUCAAUGACACUUGGAGGGGUUCCCGAAUUACUCCAAAAGAUUAAUGAGACUCCUGACUUCUACGUGGAAAUGAAAUGGGAAUUCACUAGUUGGGUCCCACUGGUUUCCAGAGUAUGUCCAAGUGAUAUCUGCCGCAUCUGGAAAAGUGGUGCCAAGCUUCGAGUUGAUAUCACGUUAUUAGGCUUUGAAAAUAUGAGUUGGGAACGAGGAAAACGUAGUUUAAUUUUCAAGGGAGAAGAUACUGGAGGCUGGGCAGAGCUAAUUGAGAUAAACCAUGAUGAUAAGGUUGUCACAACAGAGCGUUUUGAAAUCUCCCAACAAAUGAAGCGUUUGACAUUGGGCUCUAUGACUCCAAAAAGGAAGGAUGUGGAAAGACGCCUUACAUCUCCUAUUAUUAAUACUUGCCUUGAUACAAAAAACAUUGCUUUUGAAAGAACUACAUCUGGAUUCUGGGUAUGGAGGACAGAGAAAGCAGAAGGUGUAAAUGGUUAUGAAGCAAAGGUCUAUACAGCAAACAAUGUGAAUGUAGUAACACGGAUCCGAACAGAGCAUUUGACGGAAGAGGAAAAGAAAAGAUAUAAAGCUGACAGGAGCCCUCUGGAAUCCUUCCUGGGUACAGUGGAGCAUGAGUAUGGGGCUCAGGAUCUCACCACCGAGUAUGCCACAAUAAACAACCCAACUGCUAUUACUCUGGAGGAAUACUUUGAUCCAGAAUUUGAGCUGAAAGACAGAGACAUAGGAAGACCUAAGGAAGUCACCAUUAGAACACAAAAGUUUAAAGCCACGUUGUGGAUGAGUGAGGAGUUCCCCCUUUCUCUUGUGGAGCAGGUCACUCCAAUCAUUGAUCUGAUGGCCAGAACUAGUGCUCAUUUUGCUAGACUGAAAGACUUCAUCACUUUGGAGUUCCCACCUGGAUUUCCUGUCAAAAUUGAAAUUCCCUUAUUCCAUGUGCUGAAUGCUCGAAUUACGUUUGAAAAUGUCAAUGGUUGCAGGACAGCUGACAAAACUUCAUCGCAAGCUGCCGGAGGUGAUCUGGGCUCUAAUUUUGAGGUUGACCAGUCUGUGUUUGAGAUCCCCAAAUCUUACCAUGUUCAAGAUGAUGGUAGAAACAUGCAUGUGCAAGAUGAAGAUAAUGAGAUAAUGCAGUUCGCCAUUCAGCAGAGUUUGUUCGAGUCUACUGCAAAUAAAGAAGCUUUGGGAACGCACUCCAAUGGAGCAGUUGCUUAUUCACCGGAAUUUAAUAUACAGUAUCAGAGGGCACUGCAGGAGAGCUAUCUGACAAGUAAUCCACACUCCAGCACCCCUGUCGUGCCUUCCAGUUUUGACAAAGACUUGCAGCUUGCCAUGGAGUUGUCUGUCAGAGAACAGGAGGAGCGGGAGAAACGGCGCCAUGAGGAGGAAGAUGCAGAGCUUCAACAAGCUUUGCAGCGUUCUCUCCUGGAAAAGUAGGAUCUUCAGAAAUAGGGAUGGCCAAACUGACAGCCACAGCAGAUUGGAGCCGGAGGGUCACUCAUGGGUGGCAUCGGUCAAGGACAUUCUCACCACCUUUGUCAUGUCUUUAGGAUAGCAAUGUGGCUCAGAAAGGCUUCCAAUCUCUGCAUGCAGUUCUCCAUCUUGAUCCAAGUCCCCAGAGCAUCAUGCAUGAAGAUCUAUAGUUUCUUUAGGCUGCAGCCUCCAUGAUUCAAGGUGAAAGCAGCUGGAGAACUUGGGGAUCUGCAUGUGGCUCCCAGAUGACACUGUCUUGACAUUUCUUGAAAGAGAAGAGUUGCACUUAAAUAUAUUUAUCCAAGAACAGCUGGAGACUUGGUCUGGGAUUGGGAUGUAGAAGUGCAGCAGAGUUUCACAACUCGCUGUGUGGGGAGAUCAGAAGGAUGAUUUCCUCAUCACCUACCAAAGAAAUAUUAAUUUACAUAGUCUCUUCUGAGUAACUCAAAGCCAUUUGCUGUUUGUCUCUUCCAGUUCCCAUAGGGAGGAGAAUGUGAGCAGUACACUUUCAUACUGACAGGUGUUUUCCAUUAGGUUUGGAUACACAUGGCCUAGAGAAAUCUCUUUUCUUCAGCCACUGACAAUUUAACAUGCAGCCAUGCUUUAUUAAUAGGGAUGAUAUUUAAACUUGAAAGAGUUAAUCCAAGCUAAAGGGACUCAUUCAAGAUUAAGCCAAGGCUUUCUUGCCACAGGCAAAACAGGUAGCUAAUAGAAAUUUUAUAUGGUAAAAUGGGACCAUCUGUCAUAGUAGCAGUUUCUCUCUCGUGAUUCAAGACCAGCUAGUUCACACAAUCAAAGAGGGCAGCAGGAGAAUACAUAAUAGAAAUAGGUGCUUUUUAAAGAUCCAUUUUUUUUAGUUUGUGCAGGCUGAAUUCAUAUGGCAAGAAAUGAGGUGAAAUUUUGAUGUACACCUAUUAGUAAGGAAGUUAAUAGUUCUUUGUCAUCUGAAAGGGAAAUGCAUGUUGCUUUUUUAAAUUCAAAUGUACAUCCUUCAUGUGAAUACAUAUAUUUUUUUAACUAAAUCUUUUUAUUGAUUUUAAGACAAGCCAGUACAGUUACUCAUAAAAAUGGUAUCAACAAUAAUACAGGAGUAUAUUUUAGCCAACUUUUCUCAGGACUUUAUUCAUAUUGUAUAUUUUUAGCUAUUUUGUUUGCACUUUGCUCAAUGUACACAGCAUUUGUGCUGUGACUGUCAAACACAUGCCAUCAAUACAUACUGAACACCCUUAAUGUCUUAGUGUAAUCAAACAUAUUACUGAGCAAUAUUUGCUACUUCUGGCAGGCAGAAGUGCAGAGAGCCUAGGGUAUGUGUGAUCUGAUUCUGUACUUGUUACUCAGACAAAACAAGGCAGCUGGAUCAGGUUCUGUGUGACAGACUAUUAUCCAGUGUAACUCGCAAUAGAACAGACAUGACAGUCAGUGGUAAGAGUUAGUUGGUAACUUCAGACUCUGUUUUAACCUUCCUAAUCAUCAUUUCAGGUAACAGUCUUACUACAGUUCCUCCUAUGUAUACUAGGACCCAUAUAAUCAGCACUAUGUUGUUUCCAACUACGCAGCUUUCAAUUUGUAAAACUAAUUUCAUCCCUAAAUAGCAUAUUUGGUAUUGGCAGUUACACUGUAAGUCAUUUACUUAACCAUAGGCAGCAAUAUACAUUGGAAUGAUUGUUCCUCUUUUGGAAGAGAAUUACUGUGCCAUUCACAGCUGCAUAAAAGGGACUAAGCCUUGUGUUUGUAUUUUUGACAAGUCACGAAGUAUCAGAUAAAUUUUCCACCUCCUUACACGGAAAUAAAAGCACUACUCUCUUUGAAAGCA